GACGGCUCGGCAUUCUAUAAUCAUUUUACCUGAAUUGUCUCCUUCGCGUCACGCAAGUGAUAGAAAAUUUGAUCUUGCGUUCAGUGUUGUCGUUGUGUUGUCUUUAUAGAGUAUAAACAAUAAACCACAGUGUAUUAUUUAAUAAUAUUAUAUUAUAUCGCGGGUAUAGAUACCUACAUAAACCAUAAACCUAAUACUAACUGAAGUUAACUACAAAACAAAAUAGGCGUUAUGUCUGUAAAAGAGAUGGGAUCCGUAAGACAUGUUAUACCAUGGACAAAUGGCCAAAAGCAAGUUCUAAAACCCAUCGGAUGUGAUCCUAAAAUAUAUGUAAACAGCUGUCAUACUCACAGUUUAUUUGAAGUCCUACAAUGUUUACGGAGAGAAGAAGUGUUCUGUGAUAUGAAGUUAGAAACAGAUGACGGUAUAAUAGUGAGUGUACAUAAAGUUGUUUUAGUAUCAGCUAGUCCAUAUUUCCAUGCCAUGUUUACCAGUUUUUCCGAAGGGGAUAAAGAUUUUGUACAUUUAAGAGAGUUUGACUCUAACAUUUUACAGCUCUUGAUUGAUUAUAUUUACACUGGCAAAAUCAUGGUUACCGAACAAAAUGUAAUGGUUUUGUUACAAGCGGCUAAUCUUUUACAGUUGGACUUUGUGAAAGGCGUAUGUACCGAAUUUUUACAAAUACAACUGAAUCCUUCAAAUUGUCUGGGUAUCAAAGAGUUUGCUGACUUUUUUAACUGUAUGGAAUUGUCAUCAAGUUCUGAAGAAUACAUAAAAAAAAAUUUUUUAAAAGUUGUUGAAGCUGAUGAAUUUUUAUUUUUGUCUUCUGAUCAAGUGAUUAAUCUAAUCUCCCGUGAUGACAUUAACGUUCCGUUUGAAGAAAAAAUAUUUGAAUGUGUUAUUAAUUGGGUGAAAAAUGAUUUAGAUUGUAGAUGUGACACUUUGCCUAAAUUAAUGGAACAUGUUCGUUUGUCAUUAGCACCCCAAGAGUAUUUAUCAAUAAAAAUUUUUGAGGAACCUCUCAUUAAAAAUAGUUCUAAAUGUAAAGAUUUUUUAAUUGAAGCUUUAAAUUUCCAUAUCCUAAAGAAUAAUCGGCGCAUUACUAUACCUCAAACAAUUCGUAAUUCACCUAGACAAACUGGGCAAAAAUUUCUUCUUUCUAUUUGGGAUUCAAUGUCAUCAAUAUAUGAGUAUUAUAUAAGCUGGUAUGACCCAGCAACCAAACUAAUGCAUAAAACAAUAAGAAUAAAUAGUGGCUCACGUACUAUAGGAUUAAUAAAGGAACAUUUAAUUUUUUCAAUAAGUACUACUCAAAAUAUAUAUCCAAUGGAAAUGCUUGAUCUAUCGUCACAAUCACUCCAAUGGACCCCAACAGUUAGCUUGUUAGUCGAUCGAAUUUUUUUCAAAGUUUGUGUCUUAGAUGAUCGUAUAUAUGCUGUUGGGGGAGUUGUUAAUCGUUCUCCUACAAAUAGUGUCGAAGUGUUUGACGCAAGUAUUCAAGAAUGGCGAUUAAUAUCUCCUAUGUUUACUGAAAGAGAGGACCACGGUGUAGGAGUACUAAAUAAUCUUAUAUACGUGGUAGGAGGUUAUAACCGUCAAUCUGUUUUGAAAUCCGUUGAAUGUUAUGAUCCCAGUCUUGACAUAUGGACAUCAGUCACACAAAUGUCUACAAGUCGCCGAUGGGUUGGUGUAGGAGUCUUAGAUGGAAUAAUGUAUGCUAUUGGUGGAGAACAUAACGAAAAUAAUAGAUCAUAUUUUCUUAAUAGUGUUGAGGCCUAUUCACCAAUUUCUAAAGUUUGGUCUUUUAUUGCUAAUAUGCACAAUUGCCGAAUCAGCCCAAGUAACUAUAAGAAUUACUUUUUCAAGAAAAUCCUUCCAAUGAACUUAUUGGAUUUAAAUUGUAUUUUCAAUAUAGGUGUUGUCACAUAUAAUGGUUUGUUGUAUGUUAUGGGUGGAUUUAGUGGAGUAAAGUUUUUGGAUUCUGUAGAAAUAUAUGACCCCAAAACCAAUACCUGGACCAUAGAACCAUUUCCAACAAAUGAAGAGAUGAUUAAUGGUGCAGUAGUCGUUAAUAUGCCAUCACAUUUGAGAGCUGAUUAGCUUUUACAUCGUCUUAUUGUUGGCUGUUGUAUAUUAUAUUCAUAUUAAUUUAUAAUAUAUGAACCAUGUGUUAAGUACUUUAUACAUUUUUGAUUUUGUGAAUGUUUGAAUAAAAUGGUUUUAAAUAAU